UUUUCUUCAAACUCAUAUCACACUUUUUCUUCUUUUCCUUUCUUAUCUCAUCCAUUUUCGCAUCUUGUUUUCAUCUCAAUGGAAAAAUACCAACCUCAAGAACUCAAACACGCUUGCAAAUUCUGCAACAAAAGCUUCCCUUGUGGUAGAUCCUUAGGAGGUCACAUGAGGUCUCACAUAAACAACUCAUCACCAUCAUCUGAAAAAACAGAACAAAAAACAGAACAGAAACAGAAGCUUGAUUCAAUCAACAACGGUUGCAUUGGUUCCGAAACUAAUGGUAGCUAUGGUUUAAGAGAGAAUCCAAAGAAAACAUGGAGAAAGAGAAUUGCAGAUUCAAGUGAAGAGGGUUUGGUCUAUGACAAGUUCUGCAAAGAGUGUGGAAAAUGUUUUCAGUCUUGGAAAGCUUUGUUCGGUCAUAUGAAGUGUCAUUCAGAGAAAGAAAGAGUUUGUAACAGCUUGGAGGAUCAAGAUUCAUGGACGAAUAAUGCGAAAGAUGUUCAAUCGGAUAACGAAAUCACUGCUCCGAGUAGAAAAAGAAGAUCAAAGAGAACAAGAACAAGGUAUAAUAAUAGCAUAGUAGCUGCUGCUGCAACUUGUUCUUCUGUUUCUGAAGCUGAACAAGAGCAAGAAGAAGUUGCUAUGAGCUUGAUUAUGCUUAGUAAAGAUGUUAGUCCUUGGAGUGGUCUUGCUGAAUCUUCCGAUAACAAUUCAGUUUACACCGAACAUCGAUCUUCGGUUCGAACUAAUCUUGUUACUAAAUUCAAUGCCAACAACAAGAAUCUCACUACUACUACUGCUAGUGCUAGUGCUAGUGCUAGUACUAUGAAUGUUGCCAAGUUGAUGAAGCAAAAGAAUUUUUACUACAAAGGAAAAAGUUCAGAAUUUUUGGAUACUGAAGAAGGAUUCAAGAUCAAGGGGUUCAUCAAAUCUACAAAACUCGAGCUUGAUUAUGUAUCAACUAUGGACGAUUCAGAAGCUGAAAAUGGAAAAAACAUAGUCAAUGGAACAGAAUCGGUUACUAUGGGAAAGUUUGAGUGUACUACUUGCAACAAAAUCUUUCAUUCAUAUCAAGCUCUUGGAGGUCAUAGAGCAAGUCAUAAAAAGAACAAAGGUUGUUUCGCUUCAAAGAUUGAUGAUGACAACAACAUUGAAAACAGCGUUGAGUUCGAAAAUGAUCUGUUUCAUGAACCAGCAACCGAAAGCAAGAUCAUGAAGAUUAUUCAUAGUCAUAAAAACAAUGAACAUAUUCAAAACAUGAAGAUCAAAGGUCAUCAUGAGUGUCCAAUUUGCUUCAAGGUUUUUCAAUCUGGUCAAGCUUUAGGUGGACAUAAGAGAUCUCAUAUGGUUGCUUCUUCUGGUGGUGGCUCUGAGAGUAGAGUUCCACAGAUUAGGGAUUUUCUUGAUCUUAAUCUUCCUGCUGCUGCUACUGAAGAAGGAAGUAGUAGUCAUGCUGAUUCUAACAGGCCUUGGUGGAUAGUUGAAAGUAACCAUAAGCAAGAGGCACUUGUAGGGUAGAGAGACUCAUAAACUUGAUAGUUUAUUUCAUCAUCAUUGGUUCAAUUCAACUUCAGAGUGAAGAAGAUUUAAAUUGUAUAGGAAUUUUUCUGCAUUUAUUUCAUUCAUUCUUUACUUUACAUGAUUCAUGUUUUCUCCAAAGGCAUUUUUCUACUUUCUCAUUUUAGUUUUUUUUUCUUCUAGUAAGUGAAAUGAACUUUCCUCAUUUUUUUUCUUUUUUGUUUUGGGAUCCUAAAUGUUAUAUUGCUAUUGUAUUG